AUCGUGGAAUAAGCCCGAGAAAGGGGAAGGUGACCCCUCUUAAAGGCUGAUUGUUGAGUCUUGAAAUAUUGUAUCUCGGUGAUGCUUACUGAGACCACCCCAUAAAGAUUAUGCACUCAAAUGCAUCCAGUGGCCGUAGCUACAGAACCAUGGAGAGGGUCUCAGAGAUAUCUGUAUACGAGCUGUGGUUAUAAGUGGAAAUAUACGCGUUCGGCCAUAUUCCUGGUUACAAGGUGCCUAACCCGGCUGGCUGACCUUGGAAUAAAAAAGACUGCCUGCAUGUGGCUAAUCUCCACUCGUCCCCACUUUCACCAUGCAUUUCUGUCGCCCUAUUCUCUUUAUUUCAUUUGCCGUGCAUAAAAAAAUAUGCAACACAUUCUAUAUUUUGCUCUUACACUCCCAGUUCUG